GACCACUUGGAGCCUCCAGCUGGCACACCUGGAGACCCAGUGGCUCCCGCAUGCCUGAAGGACACCAAGCCCAGCUCCACGCCCGUGGUCUUCCCCGUCAACCUGCAGGUGCUGGCAUUGCAGGUUGGCCCCUGAGUCCUUGGACCCCCGCACCCUGCGGCUGCUGUGGGGUCAGCGGGAACUGGAGAUCCAGGCUCUGCGGUGGACCAUCCGGAACCACCAGAAUGCCCGGCACUGCCACAUCCUGUACGAGGUGGCUGGACUGCCACCCGAGAGGUGAGCAGCAAAGUGCCAGUCCUUCGGCCCAACCCAGCCUCUGUCCUGGCCUGAGACGGCUUUUGUCUGCCCUCAUCCCCAACCGCUGGGGCUGACCAACACUCCCACCUGAUAAUUACCCUGACUUUUGCCUCUAGCCCUUACCCUUACCUGGCUCUGACCCCCCAACCUAACCCUGAAAGAGUGAAUAUGCUGUAAACCUGCCCGGACCCUGACUCUAAACAUGUCGAUGGCCGCUGAACCUAGACUCGACCUAUGACCCACACCUCUCAGAACCCGACCUGGCCUGGCCCGGUGGGACUCUGCGCCCUUAGGCCUCCACUGUCAGUGAAGAGGAGCCCCUCCUCCUCCCUUCCUUGGCUACUGACCUCGAGGUGGGGGCUGCUGAGAUGGCCCCUCCCCCAGUUGCUCACACAGUCAGGAGAAGCUCCUGCAGAACCGGGUCCAGAAGCUGACUCUGGAGUUGAAAGGGCAGAAGGAACAGGCCCAACUGGUGAGGGGCAGGUGGGAUCAGGAGUUGGUCAGGGGACCCAGGCUGGGGUGGGGAUCAGGGGCCAGGCAGGGGUUGGCUCCGGGGGUGGGGAGAAGGCCCUGCCCCACCCGCGCACCCUCCCGGAGCAGGAGAAGUCCCAGCUGGAGACUGAGCUGCAGGCGGUCCAGAGGUCCUGCCUCCUGCAGCUGGCCCGCUCCUCCUGGGUGGGUCGCGUGCUGCGAUCUUCCACCGGCAGUGUGGAGGUGGUAACUGCAGAAACUCUGAUGGACUCCAGUGACCUCUCUGAGAAUGAUCAGGUCCCCUCUACUGGAGAGGGUUUCCGGUUGGAGGACGUAGACUGGAACAACAUUGCCCAUCGGUAUCCCAACCUCCUCGCCAACAUCAAGUCCAACUCAGAUCAAAAGCACCCCCGGGCCUUGCCAUCCCCACCGGCCCCAGUGCCUGGCCAGUGGGGCUCGGAGCUGCAUAGAGAGUGUGUGGAACAGCAUCUCAAGAGUGUCGAGUGGCGUUCCCUGCCCUCUGUGGGCACCAGCAGCUCAGGGGGCACAGACUCUGACCCCGGCAGUGGCUGGCUGGCUGAGCCUCAUCGCGUGCAGAAGGUGACGGGACAGCCACCCUGCGCUGCAGGCCGCAGUUCUGAGUUGACAAAACCACACCGGAGGAGCUUCCGCAGGGAAAUGCAGGCACUGCCUGAAGCCCCCAGGGCCAUCCCUCCUGCUGUGGAUCUGACCCCUGGAGCUGUUCCUCUCCCACGUGCGGCCUCAGGGUACUGCAGCCCCAUUAACUCCAGCCUGAAGAUCGUGGCCGUGAGCCGCAAGGAGAGGUUCGUGCGCGUCCUCAACCAGUCGCUGGAGGAGACCGCCGACCUGGGCGGCCUCACGCUGCGGCAGCUCCUGCACGGCUUCCCGGUGUGCAUGUACCGCUUCCCGCCCGGCACGCUGCUGGCUCCAGGGCACCACGUUACGGUUUGGGGCGAGGGCCCCAGCAGCACCAAGAAGCAGCCGCCGUCGUCCUUGGGCCAAGAGCCUGUCCACUUCCAUUCCGGCCGGGGAUGCGUGACUCUCCUCCUGAACCCCAAGGGCGAGGUCAGGGUCCUGAGCGAGCACCGGGCCCCCCACUGCGUGACCCCGGUCUCGAGGAUCUUCGCUGACAACACCGACCUCUCCGUAGACCGCUUCCCGCUCUCAGAGGACGGGCUUGGGGCCGACCCCGGGGAGCAGAGUCGCGGGCCUCAACACUCGCGCGCGGGCAGGGUGCGGCAGGCCGGAGCCAGACGCCGGAGGCCCGGGACGCGGGGCCUCUUGCCGCGGCUGAGCACCAGCAAGCUCUUCCGCCCGCGAGAGGUGCCGGCGCGGCCCGAGGCCGCCGAGACCCGCACGCCCGAGCUCCUGCCCGCCUUGCCCGGUGAGCGCACGGGGACGCGGAGGGCGGUCGGACCGCCGGGGAGUGGGAGUCCGGCCGACCCCAUCCCGUCGCUGUCCCUCGCAGAGGCCGGGCUGUGCCUGGAGCACUGCGGGGCUAGCAAGGAGCACAGGGUCCGGGUGUGCCGGAGGAGCGUGGACCGGGGCUGCCCGAUGGUAGCGCUGUCAGUGCAGAGCACGGCUGAGAGCAGAUACGGCUUCCGCUUCCUCCCCUGCCCGCCGGUCACCGCGGACCCGGGCGCUCGGGUGUAGAAGGUGGAGGGCAGCGCGGGCGUGGGCGCCCAAGGCCGAUGGGCCGCGCUGGGAGAAAGUCGUGGGAGACCAGCAGUGCCAGCUGCACAAUUUAUUGAACCAACGUCGCCUACGAAGUAAACCGCAUUCAUGUACA